CUUAAGUCAGUAACAUCAGAGACCAAACCAUAAGCAACUGGCUGUAUUACAAUACAUCUGACAAUAUUAUUGACAUAAGCUGCUCACAUUUCUGGUUUGAAGCUGGUCAUGAAGCUAGAAGAAACUGUUCACUAAACUCUUAUUGAAAUGCCCUGGUGUUUUUCUCUUUACACAGCGGAGCCAAUAGUCCAGGUGGAUGGAAAACCAAACUGCUGUUUCUUCAAGUUCAGUCCCAAGUUGAUGUUCACUAAAGUGCUGAAGGCCCAGCUCUGGGUUUAUCUGCGGCCACUGCAACAAACCUCUACUGUUUACCUGCAGAUCCUGCGUCUUAAACCUGUAACUGAUCAGGGCAGCCGCCACAUCCGCAUCCGCUCCCUCAAGAUCGAGCUCAACUCACGAUCAGGCUACUGGCAGAGCAUUGACUUUAAACAUGUCUUGCAGAACUGGUUCAAGCAGCCACACACAAAUUGGGGCAUUGACAUAAAUGCAUUUGAUGAAAGUGGCAACGACUUGGCUGUGACCUCACUAAGGCCUGGAGAAGAAGGGCUGCAGCCGUUCCUGGAGGUGAAGGUUCUCGAGACGACAAAGCGUUCGCGUCGUAAUCUUGGCCUGGACUGCGACGAGCACUCAACUGAAUCUCGCUGCUGCCGCUACCCACUCACAGUGGACUUUGAGGCAUUCGGAUGGGAUUGGAUCAUCGCUCCUAAGCGCUACAAGGCCAACUACUGUUCAGGCCAGUGUGAGUACAUGUUCAUGCAGAAGUACCCACACACCCAUUUGGUGCAGCACGCUAAUCCUCGAGGCUCGGCCGGCCCUUGCUGUACGCCCACCAAAAUGUCACCCAUAAAUAUGCUCUAUUUUAACGACAAGCAACAGAUCAUCCACGGAAAGAUUCCCGGCAUGGUGGUGGAUCGCUGCGGCUGCUCUUAGACACGAAAGCUGGCUCAUUUGGUCUGUUCAUGACUGUUCAAGUGUCUCCUGUUUUGCUUUCCUCUUACGUCCUGGAAGAGUGACACAAAGAUCAAGGAGGCCAAAUUUAGCUUGUUUCUUUAGUCAGCUAAUAACAGAAUAAUUCAUGGUAAAAGUGGUAAAAACCCGACGCCGAAGGGCAGAGAUUUCUGUGAACAAUUUGGCAGUUUGAAGACCGGCUGGUGAGAGAAGAGCGAGACAUUUAUUUAUUCCUUUUCUGUGUUAGUUUUUUUUUUUUUAUGUGUUUGUUGCUCCUGGUUUUGAUUUGACGUGUUUGAUUUUAACUGUUUAAUAGUUGUAAAAUAGAUAUUUUUAAAUUGGCUCCAAAGUGAAUAAGCCAGUUUUUAAGCCUGUUCAUUCUGUCUUACUGAAAGGGCGAAAACACAAUACCGAGUAGGGAUCAUGCAAUGCCCUCUGUAAAUACUGCGACAGUGAAGUCAAUGCUGUUUCUUGCUGUUACCUGCUAGAACCAAGAAUAUUCGCAGCUCUGGUGUACGAGUUUAAUCAACACAUCUAAACGAAUCAGAUUAAAACCAUAGUUUAAGCAUGUGCUCAUAUCAAACUGUAAUAUCAUGAUAGCUGCCUAACCUUUUUAAAGGUUUAAAAAUGACAUGUUACUUAUUUAAAAAGUUACCUAUGAAAAAAAUCAUUAUAUGUUUACCUGCAAAUGUUAGAUACAAAACAGGCAAUUAACUUACUUGGUUUGACUGUAUUGGUACUUCAAAUGUUAAACAAACGGACAGAAUUGCCCUUGCACAGAAUGAUACUUAGAAUGUUCUUUCCAGUUUGUCCUAAACAAAACAAAACAAAACAAAAAAAAAGACAGGUGUCCUUAUGCUGCUUCUGGGACAGAUUUUCUUCCUCGAGGGCACAAAUCCUGCCAUGAAAAUGUUGCCUACCUAGGCAACCUAAUUAUACAGGCGGAGUUGAAUAGGAAGAGAAAAAUCCUCAUUUUCAAAAUGAAGAAAACCCAUAUCACCUUAUAGAAAGUAAAAUAUAAACUGUACUUCGCCAUAUCUUUAAUCCAAAGAAGCUGAAAACUAUUGACUUCAUUGUCCCAAUACUUAUGGUGGGAACCGAUUAUAUAAACAUGACAUUUGUCCAAAAUUCGAAACCGUAUCCCCUCCCCCCCCAUCUAUACUUUAUUUCAUCCAAAAAGCAUAGUAUAUUAGAGAAGCAAAAAUAUGCCAAAAGAGACCUACAGUAGGUAAACAUGCGAAAGCAGACCCCCCACCACGCACUGCAAAUGCAGCUAGCACCCCAGUGCGACAUUCCCAAGAAUCCAGGCGCCCUUUCAUGGCCACUUUGAUCUCCUUUUUACUCAUCAUCUUGUAAAAGACAAAAAGAAACCAGAAGAGAAAGGGGUUUUUCAAGACUUUUCAAUGAGGACAGGAAAAGGGGUUUGACUAGGCAAUCGAAUUACGACCACAGCACUGACUUACACACACAAAGCCUGACCUUUAGAGCAUCAGCUCCAGAAACUGGUCAACCACAACUAGUCCAAAAUAUUAGAUUGCAAGGGGAUCCAUAUUUUUCAAUAAUGCUUUAAAAAAAACAAAAAAAAACAAAAAAAAAACUACUGUAUUAUAUACUUUUCCAUUCAUAUUAUGGGUGUUUUUUAAAAAUACUUUAUGUAAACAAAAGACUUAGUAUAAAUUUGUCCAAUUUGAGUUACAGGGCCUUUAGAUGAAGCUUACUUAAAAGUAUUUUCAUACAUCAGAUGUAGGCAUGUGCUGAGGAAGUGUCCUAUAUACUGAUAUUGUAUGUGAUAUUUAGCGCAGCAUAUCAUUAUCAGCACGUGAUCAGAUGCACUAGGCCGUCCCCGUCAUACUCACAGUUGCUGGGUUACGCUUAAUUAAGAUUCAGCAUGUAGCAAACUGUACAUUUCAAGA